CUAGAUCCACUGUGAAACAACACAAACAAAACAAAACUGGACUAGAAGCUCAUCAAAUCCAUCUGCUUCAUUUUUUUUUUUCAAAAUCUCUCGGCCCCAUCUCUCACCACCAUCAUCCACCAUGACCAAGCAGCACGCGAAAUGGUCUCCGUACGAUUUCAAUGGAGGGACUUGCGUUGCGAUUGCUGGAGGUGAUUACUGCGUUAUCGCCGCCGAUACUCGGAUGUCAACCGGCUACAACAUUCUUUCUCGCGAUUACUCCAAAAUCCAUAAACUAGCGGACAAAGCUGUGCUGGCUUCCUCAGGUUUCCAAGCUGAUGUGAAAGCCCUGCAGAAGUUACUUAAAGCUAGACACUUGAUCUAUCAGCAUCAGCAUAACAAGCAGAUGAGCUGCCCUGCAAUGGCCCAGUUACUCUCCAACACUCUCUACUACAAGCGGUUUUUCCCAUACUACGCUUUUAAUGUAUUAGGUGGCCUUGAUGAGGAAGGAAAGGGGUGUGUCUUCACUUAUGAUGCUGUGGGGUCAUACGAGAAGGUUGGAUACAGUGCUCAAGGUUCUGGCUCCACAUUGAUCAUGCCAUUCCUCGACAACCAACUGAAAUCUCCAAGCCCUCUACUACUGCCUGCUCAUGAUCCCAUCACACCGCUCUCUGUGUCGGAAGCAGUUGAUUUGGUCAAGACCGUGUUUGCUUCUGCAACUGAGAGAGAUAUCUACACUGGAGACAAGCUCGAGAUUAUCAUCCUUAAAGCUGACGGUAUCCAGACCGAACUGAUGGAACUAAGGAAAGACUAAGCCGCUCAAUCUAUAUAGUCAGCUGUUUCAGGCGCAACCAGUGUUUGUGGGAACAUUCUUCGUUGGAUUUUCACUUGGGGGUUUACUGUUUUCCAUCGAAACAUUCAAGUAAACCGAUGUGAAUUGCUCUUUUUACGAUUAAUCAUGUUUGCAAGAAUGACGUCUCUUGGGAGUUUAUUAAGUUUUUGUUUAUUACCAUGGGAUCUGUCAAGUCUUGGAUUGUAAACUGAUUGUUUCCAUGGAGUGAUGUAAUACGCAUUACAAGUUUCUGUUGGUGUAAAACUCAAUUUUGUACU